GUGAUCAUGUUGUAAAGGUUGUUCGUGACAAUUGAUAGAACCGACUGCGACUUUCAGAUAGCGCCUAGUCAUGACUGUCCGCUCAAUAUCAAGCGCUCUCACACUUCUUGCGACAAGCAUUCUCGCUAUCCAAGUCGCCGCGCAAACUGCUGCUUCACCCCCAAGUACAGCCACGGCACCGCGAACAACCAUCUCCGCUCGUAACGGUACGACAAGCACAAGCUCACGUUCAAGUGCAGCAACCCAAGGCGCACCUCCAGAUGUCUAUCUUAAUGUCCCGGAGCUUCAUGUCGGUCGCAUCGAAUUGACGGUCGAGAAGUUGAGUGCCGAUCUCAACCUGAAUGCAAAGGUUGCCAAUCUUGUACAACUGAAUGCUGGGGUGCAGCUCUCCGUCGAGAAGGUUAAUAUCACGAUUGCUGAAGUGGAUGCUGAAGUUGAACUUGUCAUUCGUCUUGCAGGUCAUCUUGUGGACAUCGUGGGUCGUGUCUUUGAUUCUCUGGACCUAAAUCCUCUUUUAAUCAACACAAUCGGCAACGCCACGAGUCUCGUGGGCAAUGUUGUUAGUGAUAUCGUCGGUGCAGUUGAUGGCUUGCUCGGGUCCAUCACACAGGGCGGAAGGACUUUAAACUUCCUUGUCGACAAUUUGGGCAAUAUUGUGCAGGAGGUAGGCGGCGUCAGUUCGAUUGUCGGCGAUUUUACGAAGAACAUGACAGAGACCGGAGUCACGAAGAGUGUUGGCCAAGGACUCACACAGAAAGAGUAUUCGUAUUCGCCGCUGAAUGCACUUGUGGACAUUGUAUUCAACACUGCAGGUCAGGUUGUACAAGCAGUGGUGCAGAAGAAGAAUGGAAGCAGCAGUGGAAGUGUAGGUAAUGCUUCCAACUCCACGGUACCUGCUUCUUCGUUAAGAAAGCACUAG